AUGAGUUCUGCAAAUAAAGAAUGUUCUAUUUGUUGUGAGGAACGUAGUGAAUCCAACUUCCUAAAGAUAACCAAGAAUUGUAACCAUACAAAUACUGUCUGUAAGACUUGUGUCAACACCCAUGUCCAAGCAGAGUUAGAAAGGAAGGGAUUGUUAGAAGUUCAAUGUCCAACUGCAGGAUGCAGUAAUACGUUAAGCCAUCAGGAUGUAAAGAAGCUCGCCGUGAAAGCUGUUUUUGAGCGAUACGACACUUUGUCUCUCAACCAGACUCUUCAAAGUUUCCCUGACUUUCGCUGGUGCAAGAAUUCUAAAUGCGGGGCAGGACAGAUUCACUUUGAGAGAGAUGAGGCACCCAUCAUGACAUGUAACGCUUGUGGUGCCAGGUCAUGUUAUACGCACGAAAUUCCGUGGCAUGAAGAAAUGACGUGCGAUGCUUACGAAGAGGCCAGAAAGGCGGCUGAAAAGGCAACAGAGGAUUAUCUCCAACGCGGUACCAAGGCUUGCCCUAAAUGCGGUGUUCAUAUUGAAAAGAAUGGCGGGUGUGAUCAUAUGAAACUAGCUUCGAGUCUGACACGUAUGACAGAGUCACAAUCAACCUCAUCGGGGACACGACAGAGUGGAACAGAAGAAAUAAACAUUGAAAUGUAUGAUCUCGAGGCUGGUCCUCUGGCUGAAGGGAGUGCUAAUACCAACGCAAGGACGAGUAUGAGUUUGGGAGGAUUCUUUAAAGAGGUCAAUUCGAUACGAGAUAUGAUUCGCGCGAUAAGAGACAACAUGUUAGCUAUCGCAGAUUUAUAUCGAAGAACAUUAGCCAAUAUCACAGAUGACGAGAGCAUGAGAAUGUCGCGACAGCUUGGCUUGUUCGUCUCGGAGACCAGUCGUAUUAGUCUCCAAGUGGGUCAGAAACUAAAGUUCAUGGAGUUAAGUAGCAGGUCUUUCUCUCCUGGACAAGAUCAGACGCAGAUGAGGGUCGCUCAGUACGCAGCAUUGGUGAAGCAAUUUAUGGAUACGAUGUCGGAAUAUCGGCAAUUACAAAUAGAAAACCAAACCAAGUAUAAAAAUUCUAUUACACGACAGCUUCAUACGGCUAAGCCUGAUGCAACAGAAGACGAAGAUUCCCAAGUUCUCGAUAAUGAUACCGGACAGGGGUAUGCAUCUCAGGUACGGGAAGAUACCGGUCGAAAUCAAGAAUUCGAUGAAAUCGUGUCUCAUAUAACUCCAAACUUUAGAUUCUUUCUAUCAACGGAUCCAAUCAGGUCCGAAGAGCUAAACAAACUAUUGUUAGAAAUGCAAACCUUGGUGAUUGAGAAAGAUACUCCGGUUCCUACGCCCGAUGAUCGUUCGAUUGUACAGAUUGAAACGUCUACAACAACUGAUAGAGUACCCGGGCCGUUGUCGGCGGCUGAUAAGGGUAACUAUGAUGAUAUUGUUGUUGGAGGGAUUCUUUAUCUUUGCAUCACCCUGUUGUAA